AACCUUUUUUACAAUUAGAUAAACCAUCUUAAAUGUACACGGAAGGUAAUUUACGAUACGGGUUUUACCCUUUUAAGUACAAACAUGCGCAGUUCUGAAGUCACCUGAUACUGGAAUUUACUACUUUCGGUUUGUUAAACAUGCACGGAAACAGAUGAGAAAUCAAAGUUAUCUGUCAUGGAGGAAUCUUCAGGGACAGUUUUUGCCAACACAUUUUCCGAUUCUGAGGAUGAAAUUGAAACUGAUGCCGAAUCUGCUAAUUAUGAUGCCGGGGUUGAAGUAAGAGAAACGAAACAUGUGUCCCAUCUGGAUAAAGUUGAUAUAGAUUUACCUGUGGGUAUGAGCAAUGAACCGUCAAAGUCUGAGGGACCUCAUGUAUUAGAGAAGCACAAGCUGACAGGUGAUGAAAGAAAAGACGCUCGUGAAGGUUCAGAUCGUGUACUGGAAGCGAAACAAAACAUACAAAUGAAGCAAAGGUACACAGAUAAUCUGAGCCAUGGAUGGGCAUUGUACGAAGAUGACCUAUGGUGUAUGCCUUUAACAUGCAACAAGAAUGGGCAGUCACUGUCAUCGAAGAAGCCACUGUCUUCGAAAGGAUCCAAGAAUUAUUCAAAGAAGUUGUUAAUGAAAACAAUGAGACAAUCAAAAAAGGGUAUGUACCGUUUGAUUUAUGUUUCACCAAUGACCAUGAUUGCCAGAGAAGCAAAGAAAAACGGAUAUGACUUGGCAACAUUUAUGGAGACAUCAGAGUUCAUCGGUGGACCUUCUUUUCAAUUGCCUUGUAUGCAGUGUUAUGAGAAAAACGGCGGGAAAUUGAGUGGUGGCUUGAGCUCUAUGUUUGACGGUAUGGGCCAGGGAGGAAGCAGUAGUAAUGGAAAAUGUUUGACCUGUGGAGGCCAAGUUCAAACGCUAGCGAUGUUUGGUAAAAUGAUACGUCAAAUGAGGGAGAAGAUUGAAGCGAAAGGUUUAGUUCCUCAUGAUGUAUACCCGGACGGUAACUGUUUGUUUGCUGCUAUAGUUGAUCAACUUCGUGUAAUGGGCGAUUUCAGUUUCACACCACACACGCUCAGACAAUCUGCUGUGGAGUAUCUGAAGGAAAACCCGACCGCAGACGACGGGACGCCUUUAGAAAUGUUCCUCACCGACGAUGAAACCUGGGACAUGUACUUAGCACGCAUGAGUGAAGACGGCGAAUGGGGGGAUCACAUGAUUCUCAGAGCAGUAACUAACGUUAUUAAUAAGAUGAUAGUUAUAUAUGGUGGAACCAGCGGACAAAGCGAGACAAUCCUAUCUCCCAAUCCCAAAGGUGAGACAGAUUCUGCAGAAGCGGGAGAACUGAAUUCACAGGAUGAGGGCACUAUUUAUCUAGGUCAUGUCAGUGAAUCACAUUAUAUAAGUCUUCGGCCAAAAUGUUGGAGAGAAGACCUAAGAAAAGGUUUCGAACAGAGCAGAAAGUCAGCAGAAUCUGUAUCAAGAAAGGUGAUGUUGGCAAGCUGUCCGGUUAACCAAAUUGACUUCAUCUUGAGACAGGCUUUCCGGAUGGAUUGUAUUCAAAAUUAUGGUUCGGAUUUGAUAGAUACUUACUAUCCUACUAUUGAAUCGUCUGAUUGUAAUAUUGACAUGUUUGGUUCAGGCGUGUGCAGAUUGAUUCCAUGUAAAAUGAAGAGUUCAGCUUUGGGUCCUGACAUAAGCAUGUUUUUCCCGUCAACAAAAGAGGAAGAAAACAUAAAUGGUUGUUUUCAAGAGCAUGUUUUUACUGUUUUUAGUGUUCCCAAUGAUACAAAAAUUGUUACAACUUUGACAUCUGCAAAGGCAGUAGAUCUUAUCGCCGAGAAUGAUGCAAAUCUUAUUGGUAAUUUAAAGCUUAUCCCUAAAAUACCAAAAUUAUGGAGAGGGCAAACAAUAGUAUGUGAAGAAAAUUUGAAGAAAAUUACGUAUUUGAAAGACUUUGGAUUAGAUUUUGACAUUGGAGACGAACUGUUGACUCCGACGAAUCUUAAAGGUGACACUACACAUGUUGUAAGUUUAGCUUUUAAAAGUGAUUGGCCGUCAUUAGCCGACGAAUGGCCUCGACGAAACAGACAAAGUGGUUUUCCUGACGAAUAUACAAUACAGGCCGUUGUAGAUGGAGGCUGUCAUGUAAUUGCUUUGACAUUAGAUACCAAAUUGUCAGAUGUAAUUGAUGAUCCUAUCAAUUUCCUUGUCUCUCAAAAUGACCAUACCUGGUGUUAUACAUUCGCUGCUGCAGAAAAAGAAAUAUGUCGUUUCCUAUCAGCUGAGCAAAGAAAUACUUUUCUUGUCUUUAAAGCUCUAGUUGACGAUACAUUGAAAGACAUACCUUUCCCGCCUUCAGUUGUUAAGAGCAUAUUCUUUUACGCUUGCGAGAAUAUCGAGAAACAAAACUGGAAGUCGAAACCUGGCGAAUGCAUUUUAAUUCUUCUUAAGAAAUUUGUUGAGGGUUUAAAAAAUCAUCAUAUUCAACAGUACUUUCUUCAAGAGAAGAACUUAUUAGCUUGCAUUCCAAAGGAAGUAAUAGACGAGUGUUGCGAGAGGUUAGAGUGUGCAAGACGAAUGCCUGUAGUUACCUUGUAUUUCCUGCUAGAUCAACUUAACAUAAUGUCAUCAGAUGUAGGUGGUUUUGUAGAAGGAAUUAUUGAAAACAUGAAAGUGGAUUCACAAGCAUUUACUACUGGAGUCAUUGCGAGCAGAUCUUUACUUCCAGUAUGCACUGAACUGAUGGAAAAUAUGAUUUAUGAAGAUGACUUCCAAUCAGCUUGGUUAGUUUUUCAAGAUGUAGUAGAACAAGAAGGCGGUGAUUUACAAACACAUGGCAUUGAUUUGAUGAAAAGACUGUUUCACGAUUUGCAUAUAGGUUAUAUCUGGUGUUUUGCUUUGUAUAUUGACAUCAAGCGUAAGACAAACUUGACAUCAAAAGCUUGUGAUGGGUACAACACUGUUCAUGUUACUGAAGUUUUCGGCCCAGACUGUGUUGAUGAAGUGCCAGACACAUUGGUUCCUGAAUGCUUUAGCAUAGAAAGUGGUGACUUGAUCUUUGCUUCAACGGUGUCAGGCAUUCUGUCUGAUACAAUUAGUGGGAGAUUAUACAUAAAGUGUAUGAAGUUUUAUCUAACGACCUAUGGGGUAUUGGCAGGAGACUCUCUUGUUAUAUCAAAGUCUUCUCACCAAGCAUCUAUGACCAGAAGGUUGCUUAUAAGUCAGUUACAAGACGUUUAUGUACGACUUUUUAAUUUUUGUUUAAGCAAUGGUAUACCUGAAGAGUUUCGUGAGAUGAUGCCAGUAUAUACAAAGAUUGUUGAAAGGUUAGGUACGCAACAAUGUAUAGGAAAUCUUGUCCGCAUGUGGCGAUAUCUCGGUGAAAACAAAAAAGCUGAAGAGGUUAGUAAAAGAUUGGGUGCCGGUAAGGAAGGAAAUGUAUUCAAAAGCUUGGUAAGUUCGAUGUUUAAUGACUACGAACUUGACUAAAGGAUAUUCAUGGAAGAACUGCAAGGGACUGAGCUCAACCGUCACUUAAUUUUAACUACAGAGUAAAUAUAUGCAUUUUGAAUGGGAUGCAUGAAAGCAAUAGAUAAUAAGCUAAUAAAUCUACUUUUUAUUUUGUGUUACAUUACGCAACAUUAUAUAACGUACAUGUACGUAUAUAUAAAUUACAAUGAAAUGAAAGUUUUUGUGUGACAAAAUAUUUAUUUUUAACUUCGAAAUUGAAAAAAAAGGAUAAAACUUUCAAUAAAUCGAAUGAAUGUAAUUUUGGGUAAUAUAUAAUCGUUAAAUAGACUUGUGUAAUUGAUUCGUAAUAAGCGUGUGUUGUUCAUGAUAAUGAUAUUGACCGACAGUGCAUAAGAUUUGUUUGUACACAUUUUGAUAACAUUGUUUUUUUUGCUUAGUGUUUACUACAAGCUUUUGUUUUGUUUUACAUAAUUUAUUCACCUUUUCAUUUUAUUUAAAUCAAUUACAGUUAUGUAUAUGCUACGUACAUAUCAUUGCGGUUAUGAUUUUUUUCUAUAUGACUAUUUGAAAUAUAUCAUCACCAGCGCGUCCACUCUAGUAUAUUUUCCUAUAUAUUCCUAUAACUUGACCAUUGUUUUAUAAUUCCCUAUAUUAAGGCCAUGACAAAUCCUAUAUUUUGAUUGCAUGCCUAUAUUUUUUUGAUGGGAAAUGAGUGGAUGCCCUGCAUCACAUGAAUUCCAUUGUAUCUCAAAAAUGUGAAAAUUAAUAUUGUAUAUUCAUAUGUGUCGUCAGUUUUUGUUUUAACUAUUUGACUUAAUAAAAGCACUAAAAUGUUUAAAAAUGAAAAAAACAAUGCAUGAAAUUUACCAACGCCAUUAAUAAACUAGAAAAUAUUUUCGUUUUUUUCAAAGAAGUUUCGUUAUGCCUAACGCUCUGUAGGAAAUAAAGAAAUAAAAGAUGUAUUUGUUAUCAUGUGUAUAAACUAAAUCAAGUAAUGCAUUUACAACUAUUUUUUGAUAAAAUUUGACUUAAACUGACUUAUUUUUGUUGUUGUAAAAUGUUUUGAUUUUAUCAUGUACAUACUUUAAAUUGACCUGAAACAACACGCUUUGAACUGACCUGAUACAAAUCACUUUGAAUUGACCCGAUGCAAUACACUUUGUAUUGACCUGUAAAACAUAAUUAUUUUGAAUUGCCCUAUAACACCACAUUUUGAAUUGACCUGAUAAUUAACCUGAACAAUACGUACAUUUGAUUGUUUAUUCAUUUUGAAAAACACACGGGUGAAGCAAAUAUUUAAGUUGUUCUAAUCUUUUCAGCCACAUUUCCUGUCUGAAGCCAAAUAUUAUAAAACAACCUGAAAAAGGGUUACAGUAACAACAGUUUUGUCAGGUUUCAUGUUAAGAAAAUGUUAUCAGUAUUUAUUUAUAUAAAUAAAUUUUUUAAGAUUAGAAAUAUUUUGUGCUUUAGUGAAAAGUACCUCCGAAAUAUUUUGAUUGAUCUUUUAGUACUUGUUUUGACAUUAAUAAUAAUGAUAAAUUGGUAAUAACGAGUUUGUUAUGUUAUAAUUAGCUCUUAAAAUUAAGGGUGUCAGCUCUCUCUAGAUGUUAUUGACAAUGUUGAUAAGGUGACAAUCAAAACUCUAAACCUACUUUAUUUUAUACAUGGACUUGUCAAGGGUUCAUGUUUUAAAGUUUGAGGACAUAUCCUUAAGAAACAUUUGAGCCGUGUCUUGACAAAACCAACGUAGUGCGUUUGCGACCAGCAUGUAUUCAGACCAGCCUGUGCAUCCGCGCAGUCUGAUUAGGAUCCAUGCUGUUUGCUUACGAACUCUAUAAAAAGUAGAGAAACUGAUAGCAAACAACAUGGAUCCUGAUCAGAAUGCGCGGAUGCGUACGCUGGUCUGGAUCCAUGCUGGUCGCAAACCCAUUUUGUUGGUUUUGUCAUGACGCGGCUCAUUUAAAAUUAUAGAGCAUAGUCAGACUGUACGGGAUGCAAACUGACCUGACCUUAUACUGCUUACAAAGGCUUAUUACUCUAGGUUUUAGCAGGGAAGGUCUAAAAACCUUUACAUAUUACAAUUGGACUUAAGUUCAGGCUUUUCGCAUUUCGUAUUGUUUUCUUAAAUUGAGCUAUAUUGAUUAUUUGAUGUAUUUUUUACAUAUUUGAUCUCCAUUUGUAGAAAAUUGUAGUAUUUUUUACCUAUAAAUCUUUUAAUCUUAAUAUUAUAUUAUGCUAGAUAGCGUGUUAAAAUAUUAACACGAUUGGAGCGUUUACAGCGUCAUUGCAUCAAUUUUCAUAACUAUAUGACAGAAUGAAUUUAUAUAUCUUCUUAUCAAAUAAAUUGUUCAUAGUUUGUAUCGAGAAAAAUAAAAAAGAUUCAUUAAAACGG